UCCGACGAAAGUUGGACCUUAAUCUUUGUGGCUUCUGUCUGGGUUUCAGGUGACAUUCAUGGGCAGUAUGGAGAUCUUUUAAGACUUUUUGAGUAUGGCGGAUUCCCUCCUGAUGCAAAUUAUUUGUUCUUAGGGGACUACGUGGACCGUGGCAAACAGAGUUUAGAAACAAUAUGCCUUCUUCUUGCCUACAAAAUCAAAUAUCCUGAGAAUUUCUUUCUCUUAAGAGGAAAUCAUGAAUGUGCUUCUAUAAAUAGGAUAUAUGGAUUCUAUGAUGAGUGUAAACGCCGCUUCAAUGUGAGAUUAUGGAAAGUCUUCACCGAUUGUUUUAAUUGCCUUCCUGUGGCUGGUCUUAUAGACGAUAAAAUACUUUGCAUGCAUGGCGGUCUUUCUCCAGAUCUAACAAACUUGGAUCAAAUAAGAAAUUUACCUCGUCCAACUGAUAUUCCUGAUUCUGGCUUGCUUUGUGAUUUACUUUGGUCGGAUCCUAGUCAAGAAAUAAAAGGUUGGGGUAUGAACGACAGGGGAGUCUCACACACUUUUGGCCCUGAUAAGGUGGCUGAAUUCUUGAUGCAGCAUGAUAUGGACCUCGUUUGUCGUGCUCAUCAGGUUGUGGAAGAUGGAUACGAGUUUUUUGCUGACAGGCAGCUAGUUACAAUAUUUUCAGCUCCCAACUAUUGUGGUGAAUUCGAUAAUGCUGGCGCAAUGAUGAGUGUUGAUGAAAGUUUGAUGUGUUCGUUUCAGAUUCUUAAACCAAAAUGAUGGAAAGCGGUUCUCAUGAAGCUAAAUUGGUCAGAGAAUGCCCAAGAAGUAGUGCUUUU